AUGUCACAACGUCUCAGCAAAAUGAGAUGGUUUUGGUGUUUCCUUGCAUUUUAUUCUGGAUCAGCAUGGAAUCCUGUAAAAGCUGUUCCUAAUCCCCAAAAUAGGCCGAGUACUAUUGAAUCACAAGCAAAAUUUUUCCAGGACUUUUUCUCAGUACAGUUGAGUCCGUACAAGAUAGAGUUCGGUCAUGUAUGCGAAGAUCCAAACACGUGGGAACAACGUUACGAGCGGAAAGAUUAUAAAAACCACAGGGACAUGGGAAAAGUUCGUUGGGGCGACAAGAAAGGAGGAUAUGGGGAACAUUACUGGGACCUAAAUCACGCAGGUCACACAGAUGAUCAUGAUAAUGGUGAUUACGAUUCUGACGGUCAAUAUAACCAUGAUACGUAUGACGAGCCCAGUGAACAAUCCCCUACAUAUGAGUCUAAUGAAAAACUAACAUACGAUGAAAGUGAACGUAUUAAGAGAGCGGAUUCUGAAAAAGCACGCAAAGAAUUAGAAAUCCAGAAGCAUGAACAAGCACAUUACAAUCAUGAAAAUCAUGAAGGAGAGUUUAAUAGACAACAAAAGAAACCAAGGGAGAAGCAUCACAUAGUGUUAGUUGUUAACCAAAGAGAAAGAGAGCCUUAUAGACAAAGGGAUGUGAAGCAGCGGCCUUACGAAGGAUCAGUUAGACGUCAUCCCAGUCUAGAAAGUUCUGUAGCCGCUUCAGCACCAAGACUUUUCUUUGAAUCAUCUACGGGUCAUGUUAUAGAUAGAACUACUGGCCAAGCAUAUGUGCUACAGCCAGUUGUUCAUCAUUAAGCCUAAUUUAAGAAAUUAUUUAUUAAUAGUAAUUUUACGUUCGGUUUAAGUGUUAAUUUAUUUGUGUCUGAAUGUUAAAUAAAUGUUUUAAUUUA